CCGCCGCUGUGCCUCGCUGCCAGGCUGCCCGCGGCGGGAGAGCGAAGCCGUCCGCCAGCCAGCGGUGGAGCGGGAGAGGGAGCGCGGGGCCAGGGGAGGCGGGGAAGAUGGACCCGGUGCCCUCGUUGGGCUGCAGCCUCAAGGAUGUGAAGUGGAGCCCAGUGGCUGUGCCGCUCGACCUGCUGGUCAGCACCUACCGGCUGCCCCAGAUCGCGCGGCUGGACAGCGGAGAAUGCGUGGAAGGGCUGCGGGAGAAUGACUACCUGCUGAUCCAUUCCUGCCGGCAGUGGACCACCAUCACUGCCCAUAGCCUGGAGGAAGGUCACUAUGUCAUUGGGCCAAAGAUAGAGAUCCCCGUACAUUAUGCAGGACAAUUCAAGCUGCUGGAACAAGACCGGGACAUAAAGGAGCCGGUGCAAUAUUUCAACAGCGUGGAGGAGGUGGCCAAAGCAUUUCCUGAACGUGUGUACGUCAUGGAGGAAAUUACAUUCAACGUGAAGGUUGCAUCCGGCGAAUGCAAUGAAGACACGGAAGUUUACAACAUCACCCUGUGUACUGGGGAUGAGCUCACCCUAAUGGGGCAGGCAGAAAUCCUUUAUGCAAAGACCUUCAAGGAGAAGUCGCGACUCAACACAAUUUUCAAAAAGAUUGGGAAACUCAACUCCAUCAGCAAGCUGGGGAAAGGCAAAAUGCCCUGCCUCAUCUGCAUGAACCACCGGACCAAUGAAAGUAUCAGCCUUCCAUUCCAAUGCAAGGGCAGGUUUAGCACGCGAAGUCCCCUGGAGCUUCAGAUGCAGGAAGGGGAACACACUAUCCGAAACAUCGUGGAGAAGACUAGGCUCCCCGUGAAUGUGACAGUGCCCAGUCCGCCACCCAGAAACCCCUAUGACCUUCACUUCAUCAGAGAGGGACACCGCUACAAGUUCGUUAACAUCCAGACCAAGACGGUGGUGGUGUGCUGUGUGCUCCGGAACAACAAGAUCCUCCCCAUGCACUUUCCUUUGCACUUGACUGUCCCCAAGUUCAGCCUCCCAGAGCACCUGGUGAAGGGAGAGGUGUGGCCGGAAACCCUAGUCCAUCACUGGCUGGGCAUCUGCCAAGAGCAGUUUGACAUCGAUGAGUAUUCGCGGGCUGUGCGCGACGUGAAAACAGACUGGAAUGAAGACUGCAAGAGCCCCAAAAAGGGCCGUUGCUCUGGCCACAACCACUUACCCAACUCCCUCAGCUAUGCCCGCGAUGAGCUCACCCAGUCCUUCCACCGACUCUCAGUCUGCGUAUAUGGCAACAAUCUUCACGGCAACAGUGAGGUGAACCUCCAUGGCUGCAGGGACCUUGGGGGAGAAUGGGCUCCUUUUCCUCAUGACCUCCUUCCCUAUCAAGACUCUGGCGACAGCGGGAGUGACUACCUUUUCCCAGAAGCUAGUGAGGAGUCGGGGGGCAUCCCAGGGAAGGCGGACCUUCCCUACGAAGAGCUGUGGCUGGAGGAAGGCAAGCCUAGCCACCAGCCUCUCACUCGCUCCCUCAGUGAGAAGAGCAGGUGUGACCCCUUGAGAAGCUCCACGCGGUCCAAAUGUGCAACUUCUCUCCCUUCCCCUGCGACCCUGGGAGCCACAAUGAAGUCUUCAGAACUCGCCCUACCUCCACCUCCAGUGCCUCCCAAAUCUGAAGCCGUCAGGGAAGAAUGCCGGCUCCUGAACGCCCCACCUGUUCCACCCCGAAGCUCCAAGCCUUUAUCCACAAGUCCCUCCAUCCCUCCUCGCACAGCCAAGCCUAUUCGGCCACAGACUCGCUCUCCCAGCCCCACCCUGUCCUACUAUUCUUCAGGGCUGCAUAACAUCAGCACCACGAAGAAUGACACUAGCCCUCCUGACAGUGCCCCCGUUUCCUGCUACCCUUGCAACCGAAUAAAGAGUGACUCUGUGGACCCCAAGUCCCCAUUUGGAAGUCCUUCUGCUGAUGCUCUGGCCUCCAGACUCUCAUGGCCCAACCAUUACUCGGGAGCAUCGGAGAGCCAGACACGGAGUGACUUCCUGCUCGAUCCAAGCAGGAGCUACAGCUACCCCAGACAGAAGACACCUGGCACACCAAAGAGAAAUUGCCCGGCCCCUUUUGAUUUUGAUGGCUGCGAGCUCUUAGGCAGCCCGCCCAGCACAGCCUCUGCAGAGUUCAGCAGCGGCGGCGGCUCCAGUUGCCCCAAGUCCGCCAGCUACUCUCUGGAGAACUCCGAGGACAGCUCCCUUGCAGCUGGCAUGACCAAGCAGAGCGUCUCCUGCCCUGCCUUGCCCCCAAGGGCCCCAAAGCCAGUGGAACAGAGAACCGCCCCUGAAACAUCUCCUUUGCCUCUGAAAAUUGAUGGUGCUGAGGAGGACCCCACAGCAGGGUCGCUGGACCUCUCCGAGGACCAGUAUUUUGUGAGAAAGGGCGUGCAGGACGUCUUUGCUGUCUCUUACCCUUUCUCAUCUCCACUCCACCUCCAGCUGGCCCCCAGAUCCUGUGGGGACGGCUCCCCGUGGCAGCCACCUGCCGACCUCUCUGGACUCUCGAUAGAGGAAGUGUCCAAGUCCUUACGCUUCAUUGGUUUGUCUGAAGACGUCAUAGCUUUCUUUGUCACGGAAAAGAUCGAUGGGAAUUUGCUUGUUCAGUUAACGGAAGAAAUCCUCUCAGAGGAUUUCAAACUAAGCAAACUGCAGGUGAAGAAAAUAAUGCAGUUUAUAAAUGGCUGGAGGCCCAAGAUAUAGCCAAAUGUCCCUGGUCAGCGUGAAACAGAGCUGAGAAACGUGUGCUAGAAGGGUGGGCUGGGUCUCAAAUCCAUGUUUUUGCACUAAAAAAAAAGAGAGAAAGAAAACAAAGCAAAAGCCCUUCUCUGUAAAUAGAGCUAGAGAAAGUCUUACUAUGCAGACUCCAUUUCUGAAUGGUGACCAGUCUAUUUUGUACAUCAAUAAAGAUGCUGCACAGAACACUUAGAGGUGUGCCUUGUACAUCACUCAACAUUCAACAGCUGCUAAAAGAACUAAAGUCGUAUUCAGAGAACUCAUUUUUACCCCAGUAGGUCUUCAAGAAGGCAUGGUAUUUAUUACAAACAGCCAAAGCUGAAAGACAUAAACACUUGUGAGCAGUCCCUUCCGCGGGGAGUCGACAUCCGUCCAUCCGGCAGUUACUUGUAUUCUGCGGCUUUCUUUGCUUCAUGCCAAUUGCUUAACUCUUGUGCCUGACAAUGUUAGUGGUGUGAAAUGACACUUUAAUGUUAUAUGCUUGGUGGAGAUCUUUUUAUCAAAAGGCAUUUUCCCAAAAAUCAUGUUUUGAUGGAGGACAUCUGCUGUCCUUGGAAAUGACAUAGAUCAUGACCAUUACGUUUGAUCUGUACUUGCUGCUAGUUUUAUUGAGCAGAGAAGAAACAAAAUAGGUGUGUGUGUGUGUGUGUUCCUAUGCAGCACAUGCAAGUAUGUUGAAAUGUAAUUUUUGAAUCUGAUAUUUUAAAUAACAUCUGUUUAUUUUCUAAUGUCCAUUGAGGUUUAGGGCCCUUUAACUGAGUGAAUUCUCUAAGACCAGUUGGCAGGGUGGUUAUAAAGAGUCUCAGAAUCUGACCUUUGAAGCUCGUAGGCUCCACCCUGAAAACUCAGGAGCAAUCAGUCAGGAGUGCUGAAGGAUUUAAUGUGAUGUCUAAGCCCUGCAAGGGCUGAUUCCUGCAGACCCACGUGACGGCUGAGGACACGACAGCCACUUCCCUCCCAUGUGUCCCAGGGAGAAAUCUGAAAAGCAUUUCUUCACACAUGUGAGGUCUUCUGGCCACGCCUCUUGUGUUAGGAAAGCUCAUGACUCAUACAGACCACCUCUCUGUUAUAUACGCCACAUCUCUGCACUGAUGCGUAAAAUAUCAAUGAGUACUUGCUAAUUCCACAGACCUCCUCUUUCUAUUCCUCUAAAGUAAUAAUAAUAACUAAUAAUAAUAAUUACCAUACUCGUAUUCUGGGAAUUCCAGAACGUAUCUAAGGAUUUUGCUAAAUGUGAUUAAAUACUUUAAAAUAUAGCAUCAUCUCCCCACGCUUGACUCUUUGAAGGUAUAUGACCUCAAAGAGUUCCUGUUUCUUUCUGAGCAACAAAUGUACCCUCCAAACAGUUCCUGGGUCUUUCCCCAGAUUCUAGCUGGGCAGACAUUCUCUUAACAAGAUGCACACCUGAGCUUCUCAGGUGAGGUUGUUUGGCCACCAGGAGGCAGUGUAUUCUGAAGGAUUGACCAUAUGUUACCAUGUCUUCCUACUCACCAAAAAGGAAAUCACUGUUAAGAGCAAGAGCCAGCAGCCAGCACUUGCAGCCCUGUGAAGUCCGUCACUAUUUCUUUCCGUUAGAAAGCUCCUUAAUUCCAUCUUGUGAUUUAGAGCUGAGAUGAAUUGACGCCUAGUCUAGUUUGUCAUUUCUGCUCACAUUAAAAGAAGCAAAGGCCUUUAUCCCGUCCUAACAUGCAUCCUAGAUGUAAAUACUACAGUGCAAGUCAAAAGAAUCUUCCAUCAAACUGAGCCGCUGGAGUACUUCAGAAGCCAUUCGUGAAUCGGCGAACUUCCUGUUCUGCCCUCUCACAACCAAGACGUGUAGAAAAUCUGUUUCAGAAAGCAACCCUCAGUGAGAGGAAUUAACUCCUUAGAAAGUUCGCCUAGCCUAAGAGCAUUACUUCCCUUGAGAAUGAAGACAGACAACCUGCAGUAGAGACAGUGAUCACCACUGACAAACCUUUCCUUUGUCCAUCCUCUAGUACCCAGCACUUGACCGUGAUUCUCAAACUCAACCGCAAGCCACAGGGUUGGCUUGCAUUUACUGUGAAGGUUGUCCCCACAUAAACAAUUGCCGUGGUGCAUCUUUUGCAAGAACCUUAAACAAAAUAAGAGUGUCCAUCUUCUUUUAGUCCAUUUGCUUUGGUCCUGGCAUGUGCGUGCCAACUCUGUAUUAAUUGGGAUCCUGGAGCCUCCCUGGGAGCAAGAAUAGGCCUUGGAAUCAUGCAUUCAUUGGACAUUCGCUGAGCCCUUUCUGUGUGCCAGACCCGAGGCUGAGGAAAGAGAUGACCCCCGCCCUCUGAGAACUUGUUUAUGUUUCAAAAUCACAGUUGCUGACACUGUAUGUGUGCAUGAGAGACUAUGAAGUUUUCCUGGAAGGUGGAUUUAUGGAGAGUUUUGUGUCCCACCUUUAAGGAGCCCACAGAUGGAAGCAAUGACAGCCCCUUCUAAGACAUACAGUAAACACCCCAAGACACUAACACUUGGAAUACUUUAGAGGAAAAAUGCAUCUGUCUUUCACUGUCUCCUGUUUUCUUUUACUGACUUGGAAUUUUUUAAUGAUAAUCAGUACUGGCAUUUCCGAAAGCCACAAAUAAGUAUAAUUGCCACUUCUGAGCUGAGCACCUGUCUGCGGAGGAUGUUGGCUAGACAGGGAAUUCAUAAGCCAGCAGAGGGAAUGAGACAGGCUACACAGAGCAGAAGGCAGAAACAGUUCUCGCCUUCCACAUCCCACAGUGGGACCUCUUCCAACCAGCCAGGUCAAGACAAUACCUCUCUCUUUUUGUGACAGAUUCCCUACAGCCCCAUAAGUGACCGUGGGACUUGUGGAGAAGUACUGUCUAAACGGGAUCUUUGGGUGAUCCUUAAACUCAUGUCUAAAAUCUUCCUGCCCCCUCCCAUCAGGAAAGAGCAUCAGCAAUAAAACAAGCCAAGCAGCUGAAAUGUAAAAUACGAAGUCAAUUCAGAGCGAAAACUCCAGCAUUCACCCACCAAUCCUGCCACAGAAUCUCCUAACUCACUGCAAGUUCUGUCUUUAAGUUGAACUGCUCAAGUUUAUGAACUGUGAAAUGUCCAUGUAUACACUCUCUCGGCCCACACACACCAUUCAAAUUUAUGAAGUUGUACCAAACUGCCCAUUCAGCUAAAUUGUAGUGUUUAUUCUUAUCUUGCAGAAAUGCCACAGCCUUAUGGGAAAUGUGAUAGUCCAUGCCAGCCGACAAGACACGUGUAUAACAAGCUCCCCUCGCAUUGCCGAGCCACCUGCCUAGCACCCAUUUGCCUCCUUGAGAAUUCAAGGGGUAGGUGUGGAUGGAUGGAGAGCCCUUCAUUUUCCUAGUGCGUUCCUGAGUAGCAAACUGGGAGACAAAACAUUUCUCCAAAGAACCCAAUAAAUUUGUGUUUCAGUCUACCAAAAACUUACAUCUGUUGGACACAUGAGGCUUUCAGAAACAUGUCCAUAACACCCAUUGCCGUUGCUUUUCUGGACAUCUGGAGCUGCUAAGGCAAGAAGAAUCAAAGGGCCAGAGAACAAACAGGGCCAACAGGACUUUUAUUAUACUGUGGGUUUGUAAUGUAGGAUCCUGGUGGCCCUAUCAUGUCAAGUCACAUUUCUGAGUUUUCAAGAUUUCUUGUUUUACAGUUUGCCUCAUUGUGAUAAUAAGAAACAAGUCAACGUCUCAAGCUAGGUGCAAACCUUGUCUGUAGUUGUCCAACUCCAGAGCUAUGCGUUUGUCACAGAGCUUAGUGGAUGGUGAGUUCCCUUGGUUUACAGCGUCCCGUAGGAUAGGACUUAGAUAAUCCCCUACUCAUAAACCUGACCCCUGUCUUUAUAUUAUGUUCCAUUUGGAAUAUUGCUUCAUCUAAGACUCAGAAAAAAAAUGAAACUCAAGAACUUAAGAAAUUUUCCUUCACUUAAAUGGAAAUUGUAUUUUCUAAGGAUUUUGGAAGUCUCUGUACAGUUUCUUGGCUGGGGAAACUGGGCUGCUAACCCAUGUCAGCAGUUGGUUAUGUUGCUUUCCAGAGCGUUAUCUAAUGGACCCAAUGUGUACCUCAAGAGAAAUCCAGUAUGUUAUGUCAAAAAAUAAUCCAUUGUCUGUUGAUUUAAAUGGUUCUGAAAUGUCUAUAAAUAAAGAAAUUUUCAAGGUU